AUGGGCAUCCGCCACAUCACCGACAUGUGCUCGCACCUUCAAAACGCCUCGCGCGCUCGCCUGGGUCUCACCUCCCUGCCCAACACCAAAUACAACCUGGCCUUGGCCCUGGCCCUGCACCGCGCCGGUUUCAUCGCCUCCGUGACCCGCGGCGGCCCGCACCCUCCUACCCCGGAAGCGCUGCUGACGCACGAGCCCGAGCCCGUCACCUCGGCCAACGUGGCCACGCGUCGGUUGUGGGUGGGACUCAAGUACUGGAACGAGCAGCCGGUGCUGAAGGAGCUGAAGCCGGUUUCGAAGCCGUCGCGCCUAGUGACCGCGAGCUUGGAAGAGCUGAACCGCGUGGCGAGGGGGUUUCCCGCGGGAUAUAUGAAGGGGUUGCAGCUGGGAGAGUGUCUGUUUGUGGGCACUGAUAGAGGCGUGUUGGAGGUUAGGGAGGCGGUGGAGAGGAAAGUUGGUGGGUUGGUUUUGUGCAAGGUAAAAUAG